AUGGGCAUAAGUGCGGAAGCGAAACACACCAUACAUGUAAUCGUUUUUGCCUUAUGGCUUAUCACUUUUGAGAUUAUAUGUGGUGUAAUUUUCAGUUACGGGUAUAUCUGUGCGUUGAUUUUGUAUGCAUUACGUUUUGCGUCUCUGUUGGUUCUUCCACAAAGUAUCUGCAAUAUGCUUGGCUUGAUUUUAUUCAAUGGAUUUCGGGAGAAGGUCAAGUUGAAGGCUGCACCUCUGUUGGCGCCAUUUGUUUGUUUUCGAGUCGUUACUCGAGGGGAUUACCCUCAGUUAGUUAAGGACAAUAUUGAUUAUAAUGUUAAGAAGUGCCAUGAGGCAGGGAUGGAAAAUUUUAUGUUUGAAGUUGUCUCUGAUAAGCCUAUCAAUCUUCCUCAAUUGCCUCGCUUGCGUGAGGUAGUUGUGCCAGUUUCUUACAGGACUAAAAGUGGUGCUCAAUUCAAGUCUAGAGCCUUGCAAUAUUGUUUGGAGGAUGAUGUCAACAUACUGCCGAGUGAUGCUUGGAUCGUUCAUCUAGAUGAAGAAACUUUACUUACUGUUAAUUCGAUACGCGGUAUAUUGAAUUUUUGUGAAGAUGGAAAACAUCCGUUUGGCCAAGGAGUGAUCACAUAUGCAAAUGGAGAUAUAGUUAACUGGAUUACCACAUUGUCUGACUCAUUCAGAGUUGCUGAUGAUAUGGGAAAAUUACGCUUUCAGUUCCGUUUCUUUCACAAGCCACUUUUCGGGUGGAAAGGCUCGUAUGUUGUUACACAGGUUGAUGCUGAAAGGAAGGUAACGUUUGAUCAUGGUCGUGAAGGUUCAAUAGCUGAAGAUUGUUUCUUUAGUAUGGUUGCGUUUCGAGAUGGCUACACUUUUGAUUUUAUUGAAGGGGAAAUGCAUGAGAAGAGCCCUUUUACUUUCUGGGACUUUCUUCAGCAGCGCAAGCGUUGGCUGCAAGGCAUUUACUUGACUGUGCACGCGAGACAGAUACCAGCAAGAGUGCUGUUGGGACUGUCAUUCUAUGCCUGGGCGACAAUGCCUUUAACUUCUUUACAAUUAUUCUUCUUUCACGCAUUCCCUUUGCCGAAAUGGUUUAUCAUUGAUUUCCUUAUUGGGUUUGUUGCGGCCGUUAACCUUUAUAUGUAUAUUUAUGGUGUUAUAAAAAGUUUCUCGCACAAAUACAGGAAAAGUCCGUUGCGGUUAUGUGCAUAUAUGAUUGGUGCCCUCUUGACGAUACCUUUUAAUGUUUGGAUCGAGAACAUCGCCGUUGUAUGGGGUAUACUUGGAGAUAAAAACGGAUUUUACUUCUUUAAUUUAACAGUGUUGUAUGACGAGGCGCGAAACGUGUAG